UCAAAUCAAGUAAUCCACUCAAGCCUUGCCUCAGGCCCCACUCACCGCGGCGCCCCCGUCUCAGACCUUCUCCUUCAAUCUUCGAUCAGUCGACCCUCGGUGCUGUGCUCGUGAAGUCGUGCUCCCCUCUGUCUUCGAUCAAUCGAGCUCAGACCUUCUCCGCGGCACCCCACCUCAGCUCGUGAAGUCGUGCUCUCGCUCAGUUAUCCUUCAGACUUGCCGCUCGUGCUCCUUCUCAUCUUCAUUGUCCAGUCUUCCUGGUCGUGCUCAGCUUUCACAGGCCUGGUUUUUGGAUGUGCACCAGCAGAGGAGUUGAAUUUAUUACUGUCUACACGUGCCGUCGAACUUGAUUAAUUGUAAAGAAUAUUGACUAAACUUAUAGAUUUUCAAUCGAAGUGGAAAUUGAGCUUAUCUUUCUCUGCUCUUCAAUCAUAAUUACACUACACCGAUAAAGAAGUAGAAGUGGAACAAAAUUGAGCCAGUUAGCAAGAACAAGUACUUGUUCUUGUCUUGUUCAUUUCAUACCUUUCGGAUGAGAAAUUACAACUGAUUUAAGAUUGUCAUUCAGUUUUGCCACAACCCACAACUCCACAUAGCUAGCUUUCUCAAGAGACUUGUUUCUCCUUACUUACAAUGGCAUCCAAGGAUCCUCCACCGUCUUUGGAGAUAUUAGUUCGGACACCCGAUAACUUCUCAAUCUGGAGCGGACUCCCCUUCCCCAAUGCUCAACCUGGUGUCAAGCUUGACAAAGGCUCUUGUUUGAAUGCAAAAUUCUGUGAUAAUGGGUCCAGACUCUUAGUCAUGAAAUCUAACUCUGUUAUUACUGUAUAUGAUUGUGCAAACUUUCAAGAGAUUAGAUCUUUUGAGAUACAUUAUGUUGCUGCUGCCAUCUUGUCUCCUUGUGGUACUUACUUGCUAACCUUUCAAAGGCCCUUGGCUCCCCAAGACAAGAAUGUGACUUUAUGGAAGACUGAGACUGGGGAUCCUGUUUACCAACACUCCCAAAAGAACAUGACUAAAACCACAUGGCCCUCGAUCCAAUUUAGCUCUGAUGAAACUGUUGCAUGCCGGAUGGCAACUAAUGAGGUUCAAUUUUUUGACACGGGUGAUUUCUCUAAAGGAAUUAUCUAUCGAUUGAAAGUUCCAGGAGUUGCUGCAAUUGAGCUUUCUAGGACCCCUGGAUCUCAUGUAGCUGUAUUAGUUCCAGAAUCCAAGGGGGUUCCUGCUAGUGUACAGAUAUUUUCUUGUGAAAAAGAUUCUCAAAGUCAACCUAUUGCCCGACGAAAUUUUUUUCGAUGCUCAACUGUCCAGUUUAAUUGGAAUCAUGGAUCUUCUGGACUUCUAGUGGUGGUGCAAUCAGAUGUUGAUAAAACCAACCAGAGUUACUUUGGAGAAUCAAAGUUAUGCUACCUGACAACAGAUGGGACUCAAGAAACAGUAAAGAGGGACCUGUUCAUGAUGCCCAGUGGUCAUGUUCUGGCUUGGAAUUUGGUGUUUUAUAUGGUUUUAUACCUGCUUCUGCAACUGUGUUUAACAAGAAGGGAAGACCCAUACAUGAGCUUGGCAGUGGUCCUUACAAUACAAUUCGAUGGAACCCAAAAGGAAAGUGUAUCCUUGGCUGAUGAAGUGCCUUUGUUUUUAUGUCCAUUGUUUUUUUUUAAAAAAUACAUCCAUAUUUGGGUAAAAGCAAACUAUUCUAUGACUUUUUGGCCCUUGACAACUGGUUUUUCAGUCUUAGUUUUGGCUGGGUUUGGUAACCUACCGGGUGAUAUGGAAUUCUGGGAUUAUGUAGAGGCAAAAAAGAUUCGAAAAACAAAGGCUGAAUGGUCUGUGACUAGUGAAUGGUCUCCUGAUGGAUGCUAUUUCAUGACCGCCACAACUGCUCCAAGGCUUCAAGUUGAUAAUGGGAUCAAGAUUUUCAACCAUGAUGGGUCAUUGUACUUCGAGAAGAAGUUUGACAAGUUGUUCCAGGCUGACUGGAAACCAGAGUCACCCAAUAAGUUUGGUGACAUUACUGAAUUAAUUAAAUCUCUGGGCACAGUAAAAAUUGAAGAUAGCAAACGACCAGGUCAAGGACCAACAGUAACCAAAGCUGCAUACUGCCCUCCACAUGCUAAGAAGGCAGCUGCUAUUCAGGCAGAGUUGUUAGGAAUGGACCCCACAGAAUCAAGUAGCAUGAGCAAGAAUGCAUUGCGAAACAAGAAAAAGAGGGAGCGACAAAGAGAGAAGAAGGCUGCCGAAGCUAUCGGUUCUUCGUGAUUGAAUUGUUCCAAACAUUUCUAGUGUUCAACUACGUGAAAACUUCAAAGCUUGAGCCUUGAGUGUUAUUUAUCUUUAAUUAACAAUGUGGCAGUUUUUGUCCCCUGAUUUUUUAAAUUUUGGAAAUGAUACUAUAUUCCAUUAAAGGAGCCAAAUAUUUAGAUCA